ACUUGACUCUGGAGGAGCAGCGGUUGCUCGCCGACAUAGGCAGCGCAAGGCCGAGCUCCUCCAGGAGAUCCAGCAGCUCAAGGACGAGAUCGAGGAAGUGACGGCCGAGAUGGAGCGACUCGAGGCCCAGGAGUCCGCGGACGGCUCUAAAGGAGUCACGCGCAGCAAGCAGCUCUCCAUUGGCAAGAAGAAGUUCAACAUGGACCCCAAGAAGGGCAUCGAGUACCUCGUCGAGCACGGCCUGCUGCGCGCCGACGCGCCGCUCGAGGUCGCCCAGUUCCUCUACGGCGGCCAGGGUCUCAACAAGACGGCCAUCGGCGAGUACCUGGGCGAGCGGUCCGACUUCAACAUGCGCGUGCUGGACGCCUUCGUCGAGCUGCACGACUUCACGGACCUGAUCCUGGUGCAGGCCCUGCGCCAGUUCCUCUGGUCCUUCCGGCUCCCGGGCGAGGCGCAGAAGAUCGACCGCAUGAUGGAGAAGUUCGCGCACCGCUACUGCCAGCUCAACCCGGGCGUGUUCAGCAACGCGGACACGUGCUACGUGCUCUCCUUCGCCAUCAUCAUGCUCAACACGGCGCUACACAACCCGUGCGUGCGCGACAAGCCGUCUCUGGAGCAGUUCGUCGUCAUGAACCGCGGCAUCAACAAUGGCGGUGACCUGCCGCGCGAGCUGCUCGCCUCGCUCUACGAGAGCAUUCGCCAGGAGCCCUUCAAGAUACCCGAGGACGACGGCAACGACCUCAUGCACACCUUCUUCAACCCGGACCGCGAGGGCUGGCUCUGGAAGCAGGGUGGUCGUUAUAAAAGCUGGAAGAGGCGAUGGUUUAUUCUGAAUGACAACUGCCUCUACUACUUUGAGUAUACCACGGACAAAGAGCCUCGCGGCAUCAUCCCGUUAGAGAAUGUGCAAGUGAAGGAGGUCCAGGACAGGCACAAGCCCAACUGCUUUGAGCUCUACUCGGUGGGCAGCGAACUGAUCAAAGCAUGCAAGACCGACUCGGAAGGCAAGGUGGUCGAAGGCAAGCACACUGUGUACCGCAUGUCAGCUGCCACACCAGAGGAGAAGGACCAGUGGAUACAGUGCCUCCGCCAGAGCAUCAGCCACAACCCGUUCUACGACAUGCUCUCGGCACGCAAGAAAAAAGCAGCGCAGCACUACAACCAUAAGUGAUGAGAGAUGCGGGUCCCCUGCAAGCCGUCCUCUUCCAAGACAGUGAAUCUAGUCACAAUUUUUUGUAUAUAUAUAUAAGCCAUCUAAUGAUUUGCAAUAAUAAACGGUGAUUUUACUAUA